AUGACUGUUGUUUCAACAUGUCUGCUGUCAACAUGUGGAUUGUAUCAUGCCCAUCUUGCUGAAAUUGAAAGCGCAAGGGAGGACACCUUUCUUAAACAAAUAAUCUCGAAAUAUCAUGAUGGCCACUCGAAUGAUGCUGAAUAUUGGUUAGGCGGGGCGGACAUAUUUGUGGAAGGUGACUGGCGAUGGGUAUACUCUGACCAGCGUUUCAACUACACAAAGUGGUACCCCGGCGAACCAAACAGCUACCAUAGCCAAAAAGAAGAUUGUUUGAUUGUUGCAAUAAGGCAAAAUCGAGAGUAUCGAUGGGAUGAUAGACCAUGCAAAGAACAAAAUAACUUCAUUUGUGAGAUCGGUGACAGUUCUGGAGCAAUCGUGAUUGGCUGA